AUGAAUAUCUGCGAGAGGAGGUCGGGUACGACGAGGUGGCGUGCGGGCCGGGGUUGUGGUGUUGUGUGGAGCGUGGCGUGCGCAGACGCGGGCGAGGAGGAGGCGCGGGUGAGCGUGGCGGAGGGCGCGCCGCUGGAGGUGGAGUGCCGGCUGCGGCCCGAGCAGGCCGUGCAGUGGCGGCUGGACGGCGCCGCGCCGCCGGCCGACCUGCGGCCCGCCGCCGAGGCGCCGGCGGCCGACGGGCGGCUCGUGGCCCGCCUGCGCGCGCCGCACGCGCGGCCCCGCCGGCCUCUACACGUGCAGCGCCGACGCGCGCCGCGGCGUGCGCGUCGCCGUGCUGCCGCGGCCGGCCGACGCGCCGGCCGCCGCCACCGCCGGUACCGCCGCGCUAGCGCUCUCUUGCUGCCCGCUUGUCGCGCUCGACGGCGCCAUGACGCGGACCCCAAGGAGGUGCUGUACGACGUGCGCCUCAACUUAACGCUGAGCUGCACGCUGCCCAACGACAAGAAUUUGCCCUAUGUGUGGACUAAGAACGAGACGAAUGUGGAGGAGGUGGCGGACCUGCAGGGCCGCUACAAGCUGGAGCGCGGCGGCGCCGAGUUUUCGGUGGCGCGCACCGUCGAGGACGACUUCGGCAACUACACGUGCGCGCUGCGGGGCGCCGAGGGGGCGGAGGGGGCGGGCGCGCAGCGCUGGCUGGUCAGCGGGCGCAGCUUCGUGAAGCUGCCCGCCAACGCCAACGUGGUGGAGGGGCAGAAGCUCAAGCUGCAGUGCAAGGUGAUCGGCAAGCCGUACCCGCGCGUCGUGUGGCGCUUCAACUCGACGGCGGUGGAGAACAGCACGGACGUGCGCCUGGCGCUGGGCGAGCGCGUGACGCUGCGCCGCAGCGAGCAGGGCGCCGAGGACGGCGAGCUGCUGCUGGAGGCGACGCAGCGCUCCGACGCCGGCCUCUUCAGCUGCACCGCGCCGCGGCCCGGCUCGCCCGCGCCCAACGAGGCGGCCACCACGCUGCGCGUCAAGGACAUGUACGCCGCGCUCUGGCCCUUCCUCGGCAUCUGCGCGGAGGUGUUCGUGCUCUGCGCCAUCAUCCUCGUCUACGAGAAGCGCCGCACCAAGCCCGACCUCGACGACUCGGACACCGACAACCACGACCAG